AUUGGUCUUAAUUGAUGUCAUGCGCAUUCUCCAUUGAAUAUCAGUUUAUAGGGGACGUUUACAUUUGGAAAUUUGGAUGAUAAUCGCGCUGCAUUGAAACGAAACGAAUUAUUGAAUAUUUACGUUUGAUACGUGACAAUAUCUAUAUAUCUGAGCGAGCUGGGUAAAUAUAUUCACUUCCGAAUAAUCAGACCGUUGUUCAUUAUGGGCAGGUUGUUGAAAACAAUACGAAAAAUCUUUUAUAAAUAUCCAAUAAUAUCCAACUCCGUAAUUUAUGGAUCCCUUUGUGUUGGAGCUGAGGUUUCGCAGCAGACUGUCCAGAAAAAGUUAUUGAAAACUCCGCCUGAAAAAUAUGAUCCAGCAGUUAUUGGGCGAUAUGCAAUUUAUGGUACUACAAUUGCUGGACCUCUGCUUACCGUCUGGUAUCAGUGGCUUGAUAAAUUGGUUGUCGGAAAAACGCUGAGAGUUGCAGCAAAGAAAGUUCUUAUCGAUCAAUUCAUAAUGACGCCACAGCUUUUAAUCAUUUUCUUCGUAGCUAUGAGUUUCAUGGAAAAUAAAGAGAACGUGUUCGAAGAAUGCAAGCAGAAAUACUUAGUGACAUUCAAAAAUAGUUGCAUGUUCUGGUUACCUGUUCAAAGUUUGAACUUUUUGGUAAUCCCUUCAAGUUUGAGGGUUCUUUAUGUUGGAAUAUGUAGUUUCGCCUGGAUAAAUAUUCUCUGUUGGAUUAAGAGAACUGAUUCUUCAUCAAACUGACUGAUAUUGUAUUGACUCAUAACAUAGAAUUGAAAUAAACAUUCGUUUUCAAA